UUUUUUUUUUUAUUUCGAUGAUCAUUCAUAAGUUAGGUAUGUUUAAUCCGGUUGUUUUCCCUUUUGAAACAUAUUUUGAAUACAUUCAAAAACACUGGCAUUGUGUCCUACAAAAACAACAAUCGUUGGCCACUCUACCGGAAUUUAACAAAUACUUAUUAAUAGAAUGGACGUCAGAUGAUAAAUAUUAUACACACGAAUGACAAUAUGGCAUGUUAUUACUCGCAAACGUGUAUUGAAAUAUAAGACACACGAUAGUUAUUGUACAUUAUGACGUUUUUAACAUACAAUAUUUUUAGAACGUUCGUCAUGAACAUUAGAUUCACGUCAAAAAAUAAAGCCUUGUGCACAUAAUUGUAUUUACAAUGUCAUAGCAAGGUAGUGAUAUCUAGCAGUAAGUUGUAAUCAAUGUACUAAAUUUUUAACCAAACCAGUCAAUACCACAAAGACUAUCACUAACCGCUAUUGGUAAUAAUAUUUAGUCUGAUAACCAUAUUAUCAUCUAUUAUCAAUUUAAAGUUACAAAUUUACGACUCGAAACUCGGAAAUAAUAAAUAUUUACAGAGGUACCGACUUAAAUAGUUAAUACGUGAGAUUUUCAAUAUAUUGAAUAGCAUUGUCUUAUUUUGUGGUAUAGUGUUAUGUAAAUUUAACAAAAUUAUUAUAACAUAAAAUAUUCUUUUAAUAAUGUUUGUUGUUCUGGUACUUAUUUAGUUCAAUGAAUUUAGUCCAUAGUGAAGUUUAUCAAAUAUGUCAAGAAUAGUCAUCCAUCAAUUAUUUUUUAACAGAGUGAACUAUUUAAAUGUACUAAAAGCGAUAAACAUCACACAAAACAGAUAUAAAGCUGAUAAAUUUGGACAUACAUUCGCACUCGUUCAAGAAGGAAGUGAAAUAAGAGAAUUACCACUGAUUGUACGUAAUGUAUGUAGCAACGAAAUUUGCUGUAACGAAUGUACUAAAACUGAAGAAACAUACUUUAAUAAUGAUGAACUAGUCAAUAAAUUUAAUGAUCUUAAGAAUGAAACAGAUCGUAAAAAAGCUGAUAAAGAAAUUGUAGAUGUUAUUCGAGGCUUUAAAAAAUGUUCUUCUGUAAAAUCACUAGUGGAUCUACUAGAAAUAGUAAUGCUAGAUGAAAUAACUCCAGAGGUAGCACUAUGUGCUCUGAAAAAAAUAGUAGAACUAGAGAACUUUAAAUCGCAUAUAGCAUCAAAUAAAUUGUUAUCAAUUUUAAAUAUUAAACCAAAUAUAGAUUAUACAAAAACACCAAUACUAGAAAAGCUGCUAGAAAUAAUAAUGACAGGAGAUAAUAACUCUGCUGUUGUUGGAAUACUAGAAUUAAUAUCUAUUGAUCGUGUUCGAGUAUUGCCAUUUGACAUAUUUAAAAAUAAAAUAUCUGAAGAAAUUUUAUGCCGAGUAACUGAAAACAAACUUAAUAUAGAUGAUUUAUGCAGAUCAAUUGAUGCAUUUUCUAAGUUAAAUGAAGUCAAAACUGCAGACCAGCUUUGGAUUGGAAUAAUGGAUAAAUCUGAUCAAAUAAAUGAAAAAAAUGUAAUUCAAGUUUUUAGAAUUUUACACUUGUUAAAGAAAAGUAGAAAAACCAUAAUGAAGCUGCUAGAAAGAUGUUUACAGCAAUUUUGGCAUCAUCUUUGUACUGAUGACUUGAUAGAAAUGUUAUAUACAUUACGAUUAACAAAAUGCAGUUCAAAUAUUAUCUUAAAAACUACAUCUAGAUGGAUUAAUACAAACAUACACACUAUGAAUGAAAAUAAUCUAACUUCAAUUGUAAAUGAGUUAAAUAAUUCCAACUAUGUGGAUAUUGGUAUUGUAAGAGCAUUAGAACGCUACAUAAAGGCUAAACACAGUACAAUAAAUAGUCCUUUAUUAAUGGUAGAAAUCAUGAACUACUGUUCAAAAUUUAAUGUACGUUCUGAAAAUAUUUUUGAAGGAUGUGCCAUGUACAUAAUUCAGUAUGGUUCAAAUAUAACUCCUUCUCAAUUUAGAGAUUUAUUUUGGCCAUUUGGUCAACUUAACUACAAACCUAAAUCAGCUUUAGAGUUUUGGAUUAAGGUGGAAAAUAUAAUGAAUAAAGAGUUUUAUAACUUUAAGACACAAGAUACAAUAGACAUAUUAUUAUCUUGUGUUUACUUAGAGAAACAUCCAUUGAACUUUGUUCACAGGAUAUUUAAUACUUCUUUUUUACAUCAUUUAUUUGAAAAUGGAGGUAAUAAUGACUAUACAAAAAUAAAAUUAAAAAUUAUUGACCAGUGUAUGACAUUAGAGUGUAAUCACUAUCGUGGGCCAGUGUUGCCCAAAGAUAAAUUUGCAAAGAGCAUUUGGUGCGACUAUAGAAUAAAACGAAUCUUAAAAGAAAUCAGUAGUACUCUUGAAAAUAUUUUUCAAGGCUACAAAAUUUCUUACUCGACUAUUCUAAGUCGACUACCGCUUAUGAGUAUUUACAUAAUUGAUGCUUUAGUACACCCAGACAAAUUUGAACUUAACAAUAGAUACAUCAAUUUCAAGAAACAUCCUGGUCUAUGUACUGUAAUUUUAGUUCAUUUGCCAGAACACUAUUGCUGGGAAAAAGAACACUUAACUGGUAUUGAAACCACUAGAAUACGGCAUUUUCAAAAAAUUGGAUUAAAUGUAAUGUCCAUCAACUACGAAAAAAUAUUAGAACUCAAAUACCCGGCUGAACUGACUGAAUAUAUUAACAAUAGAUAUAAAAAUAUGUUAACUCCUUGUUAAUUUCAUUCAAAAAACUAUGUAUGCUAUAUAAUUUUUUUUUACUUACCAAUCAGCAAUGAUU